UUACAUUUUUUAUUUUGAAUAGAAUAUGGUUUUAUUCUGUACUGUUUUUUCGGAGACUAAAGUAAAUUAAAUAAACACGUUGUUUCCUAUCGAGUCGAUUUGACUGUGACUCAAGGAAGACAGCUGUUCAUUCGAGCCGUGUUGUUUUUAUCCUGAGCUAACUCUCUCGUAAAGAAACCUGUUUUAAACUUCUUUGUCAAAAUGUCUUCUGACUUUGAAACCUACGAGCAAGACUUUGGGACCAUCACAGCAGAUGUAACAAACAAGAUCGGCAGAAUUCCCAAACUAAGUGGAGAGGAAAAGACACAGCUGGUUCUAAAUGUCGACAAACAGCUUGAAGAAGUCAGAGAGUUGCUGGAGCAGAUGGACCUGGAGGUACGCGAGAUCCCCGUUCAGAGCAGAGCCAUGUACAACAGCAGACUGAAGAGCUACAAGCAGGAGAUGGACAAACUGGAAAAAGACUUU